AUGUUAUCUUUACGUCGUAUGUUCAGAGCAUCCACAGUAAGAACCACCACGGCGACUAGGUCAGUUCUUUCUCAAAGAUACUAUGCAUCUAAAUUCACUACUGAUUUCACACCUUCUCCACCUCGUUUACCUAGAGAAGAACAAGAAGAAUUUGAAAAAUUACAAACAAUAGCUAAUUCCCAAAUCGCUAUAGAAGAUUAUAAUGACCAGAUAAAAGCCAAAGGUUAUGCUACAAGUAAUGAUGGAGAAUCAUCUAUAUUAUCCAAACCUAUUGAUCAAACUCCUCCCAAAUUAUCAUCUGAUAUUGGAAGUUUUCAAACUCUUAAAACUAUACCUGAAUUCGAUGGAGAGGUUAAUCCGAAAACUGGUGAAGUAGGUGGUCCAAAGCAAGAUCCUUUAAGACAUGCUAAUGAAUGGGCUUUUAAUGGUAGAGUAACUGAUUUUUAG